AUGCAGCGGCAGCAGGGCAUGCGACUCGAUGACAGAUACGUUCCGUACUUGCAGAUGGCGGGUCUAUACCAUCUUGCAAGGCUGAACGAUAGAUGGUUCCGAUUAGACGAGGCCCUUGUCAGUGCAUUCGUCGAGCAAUGGCGUCCGGAAACGCACACGUUUCAUAUGUUGUUCGGGGAGUGCACGAUCACACUCCAGGACGUGGCAUACCAGUUGGGUUUGCCAGUGGACGGGCGUUACGUGAGCGGCUGCCUUUCAGAGUUCCAGAUAUACACCCAGGGUGGCCAUCCAGCCUGGGUGUGGUUCCAGGAGUUGCUUGGAGUGAUUCCUCCUCCCAGCCAGGUUCAGAUGUACGCAGUGAACUGCAGCUGGUUCCUGGAGACGUUUGGUGAGUGCCCCGAGGGAGCCGAUGACGAGACCAUGCGUCGAUAUGCCCGUGCGUACAUCAUGAUGUUGCUUGGCACGCAGCUGUUUGUGGAUAAGUCUGGCAACCGCAUUCACAUCAGAUGGCUGCCCUAG